CAUCACCCUGUCACUUGUUUCUCCUCUAACUUGUCUUAAAAGGAUAUUGUGGAGACGAGUAAAAUAAACAAAACACCAUCGAAUCCCUCAAGUGGUUUGGGAAUCUUUGGGUGUACCUGUUUUUCUCUUUAAAAGAUGGGAGAUGAGAAGCAGAAAAGUGGUGCAGUGCUUAAGAAGAUAAAAGGGUCUGUAAGAUCCAUUUUCAUAUAUGCAGAUGGAGUAGAUAUGUGGUUGAUGAGUCUUGGCUUCAUUGGAGCCGUUGGUGAUGGUUUUAGUACACCUCUUGGUUUACUUGUUACCAGCAAGUUAAUGAAUAAUCUGGGUCAUUCUUCAGCCUUCACUGCAGACGUAUUCAUUCAUAACAUCAACAAGAAUUCAAUGGUUUUGUUGUACUUGGCUUGCUGGUCAUGGAUUACUUGUUUUCUAGAAGGAUUUUGCUGGUCAAGAACAGGUGAGAGACAAGCAAGAAGAAUGAGAGCUAGGUAUUUGAAAGCUAUCCUAAGACAAGAUGUGGGAUACUUUGAUUUGCAUGUUAAAAGCUCAGUCGAAGUCAUCACAAGUGUUUCAAAUGAUAGUCUAAUUAUCCAAGAUGUUCUCAGUGAAAAGGUCCCAAAUUUUCUGAUGAACGUUGCAAUAUUUUUUGGAUGUUAUAUGGUAGCGUUCAUACUGCUAUGGAGACUGACAAUUGUGGGAUUUCCUUUUGUUCUUCUUUUGGUGAUCCCUGGUUUAAUGUACGGAAGAGGGUUGAUCGGAAUAGCUAGAAAAAUGAGUGAAGAAUACAGUAAGGCAGAUACCAUUGCAGAGCAGGCUAUAUCUUCUAUUAGGACAGUUUAUUCCUUUGUUGGUGAAAGCAAAUGCAUUUCUGAAUUCUCUACUGCUUUACAAGUCUCUGUGAAGUUGGGGUUAAGACAAGGUUUGGCCAAAGGUCUUGCAAUCGGAAGCAACGGCAUCGUUUUCGCCACUUGGUCCUUCAUGUCGUAUUAUGGCAGUAGGAUGGUUAUGCGCCAUGGUGCUCCGGGAGGGACCGUUUUCAUCGUCGCUGCUGCCAUUGCCAUGGGAGGCCUAUCAUUGGGAGCUAGUUUGGCGAACGUCAAGUACUUCUCCGAAGCAUGUACCGCUGCAGAACGGAUUAUGGAAGUGAUUAACAGAGUCCCAAAGAUCGAUUCGGACAAUUUAGAAGGAGAAGUACUGGAAAAAGUAUCAGGAGAAGUGGAAUUCAGGCAUGUUGAGUUUGCAUAUCCAUCAAGGCCAGACACCAUGAUUUUCAAAGAUUUGUGCCUACACAUUCCAGCUGGAAAGACUGUGGCUUUAGUGGGCGAUAGUGGCUCGGGGAAAUCCACAGUCAUAGCACUACUACAAAGGUUUUAUGACCCACUUGGGGGACAGAUAUUGCUCGAUGGGAUUGCUAUAGAUAUGUUGCAGGUCAAGUGGCUUAGGUCACAAAUGGGUCUGGUGAGUCAAGAACCGUCACUUUUUGCUACAACGAUUAAGGAGAACAUACUUUUUGGCAAAGAAGAUGCUAGCAUGGAAGAGGUUAUUCAAGCAGCUAAAGCCUCCGAUGCCCAUAAUUUCAUCUCUCAGUUGCCCCAGGGUUAUGAAACUCAGGUUGGUGAAAGAGGGGUUCAAAUGUCUGGUGGACAAAAGCAAAGAAUAGCUAUAGCAAGAGCAAUAAUAAAAGCACCACUAAUCCUUCUUCUAGACGAAGCAACAAGUGCACUAGACUCUGAAUCUGAACGAGCAGUGCAACAAGCAAUCGACCAAGUUGCCGUUGGCCGCAGCGCCAUAAUAAUCACCCACCGCAUUUCCACCGUCCGCAACGCUGACCUUAUAGCAGUUGUCCAAAAUGGCCAGGUUAUCGAAACAGGAUCACAUGAUCAGUUGAUAGAAAACGAUACUGGUCACUAUACUUCAUUAGUCCGCCUUCAGAAAAUAGAGAAAGAAAAGACCCUUGAAGAAGCCAACUGGGAUUUACCUACUUAUGUAUCAUCUUCAAUAUCAAAUUUGGACAUUUACAGCACAAGUAGUCGUAGACUCUCUUUGGUUAGUCGGUCGGAUUCCGCCAAUUCAUUGGCUAGAGAAUCUUUAAUGGAAUAUCAAAAGUUACCAGUGCCAUCUUUUAGAAGAUUGUUGGCAUUGAACUUACCAGAAUGGAAACAAGCAAUAAUGGGGUGUUUGAGUGCAAUCCUAUUUGGUGCAGUUCAACCUGUUUAUGCAUUCUCACUAGGAUCCAUGCUAUCAGUGUAUUUUUUAACCGAUCACAACGAGAUUAAGGAGAAGACGAAGAUCUACGCCUUAUGCUUUAUCGGGUUGUCGGUGUUCUCGUUGCUUAUUAAUGUUGGUCAACAUUAUAAUUUCGCGUACAUGGGAGAGUACUUGGUGAAGAGGAUUCGAGAGAGGAUGUUUUCGAAGAUACUGACGUUUGAAGUAGGUUGGUUCGAUCGGGAUGAGAAUUCAAGUGGUGCUAUCUGCUCUAGACUUGCCAAGGAUGCCAAUUUGCUGAGAUCCUUGGUAGGUGAUAGAAUGGCAUUGAUUGUGCAAACUAUGUCAGCAGUAACCAUAGCUUGCACCAUGGGGUUGGUCAUAGCUUGGAGGCUUGCGGUUGUUAUGAUCGCGGUUCAACCGAUCAUAAUCGUGUGUUUCUACAUGAGACGUGUGUUGCUGAAAAGCAUGUCUCAGAAGGCUAUUAAAGCCCAAGGUGAAAGCAGCAAGCUGGCUGCAGAGGCAGUUUCCAACCUUCGAACCAUCACCGCCUUCUCAUCCCAAGACAGAAUCCUAAAAAUGCUCGAAAUGGCUCAGGAAGGCCCUCGAAGAGAGAGCAUCCGUCAAUCAUGGUUUGCCGGCAUCGGACUCGGAACAUCUCAAAGCCUAACAACUUGUACUUGGGCCUUAGACUUUUGGUAUGGUGGUAAACUCAUUUCUCAAGGUUACAUCACUGCAAAGGCUUUGUUCGAGACCUUUAUGAUCUUGGUAAGCACCGGCCGUGUGAUAGCUGACGCCGGAAGCAUGACUUCCGACCUUGCCAAAGGUACAGAAGCAGUUGGAUCAGUCUUUGCAGUAUUAGACCGAUACACAACUAUUGAACCUGAAGAUCCCGAUGGAUACAAUCCUGAAACGAUAUCAGGCCAUGUGGAACUCUGUGACAUAGACUUUGCAUACCCUGCCCGACCCAACGUUAUGAUCUUUAGAGCCUUCUCCCUCAAAAUAGAAGCAGGAAAAUCAACUGCACUUGUUGGACAAAGUGGGUCAGGGAAAUCAACAAUCAUCGGAUUAAUCGAGAGAUUCUACGAUCCAAUCGAGGGUGCAGUGAAAAUCGACAGUAGAGAUAUAAGGUCAUACAGGCUUAGAUCAUUAAGGAAACACAUAGCACUGGUUAGCCAAGAGCCCUCACUAUUUGCAGGCAGCAUAAGAGAAAACAUUGCAUAUGGAGGAUCUGAUAAGAUUGAUGAAUCACAGAUCAUCGAGGCAGCCAUGGCAGCCAAUGCUCAUGAGUUCAUUUCAGGGUUAAAAGAUGGUUAUAACACAUGGUGUGGAGAUAGGGGAUUGCAGCUCUCAGGGGGGCAAAAGCAACGCAUCGCAAUAGCAAGAGCCAUACUGAAACACCCUGUAAUUUUGCUCUUGGAUGAGGCCACCAGUGCACUUGAUAGCCAAUCAGAGAAAGCAGUGCAAGAAGCACUUGAGAGGAUCAUGGUUGGGAGGACCAGUGUGGUGGUGUCUCAUAGGCUAAGUACCAUUCAAAACUGUAACCAAAUUGCAGUGUUGGACAAAGGGAAGAUGGUGGAGAAAGGGACCCACCAAUCCUUGUUGUCCAAGGGCCCCACUGGAGCUUACUUCUCAUUGGUUAGCCUUCAAAGGAGAUCUCACAACACAACUGAAAAUCAGAGCUAACUUAAUUUA